CAGCAUGCAAGGACAGUGUCAGCAGAUCUGACCCUAAAAAUAGGCACUCUGAGCCAGUCUGGAGGUUUCGUGUAAGGCUGUUACACACUUACGGAGCAGUAUCUCUUAACCCAGCCAGGCACCCGGGGCACCCAGAAAGGAAAGAAAGUCACUUGGCUCCAAAAUGGCAUCAGGAAAUACAAAGACAAGCCUCAAGAAUGCCUACCCCUCUGCCAAGAGGUUGUCCUUGCAGGAGGGAGAGGGAGAGGCUGAGGGCUACUGUACUCCUGGAGCCUUCGAGCUGGAGCGCCUCUUCUGGAAAGGCAGCCCCCAGUACACUCACGUCAACGAGGUUUGGCCAAGGCUCCACAUCGGUGAUGAGGCCACAGCACUGGACCGCUACGGGCUGCAGAAGGCGGGAUUCACGCACGUGCUGAAUGCCGCACACGGCCGCUGGAAUGUGGACACCGGGCAGGACUACUACCGCGACAUGGCCAUCCACUACCACGGCGUCGAGGCUGACGAUGUGCCCACCUUCGACCUCAGCAUCUUCUUCCACUCAGCUGCCUCCUUCAUCGACUCUGCGCUCCGAGACGACCACAAUAAGAUCCUGGUUCACUGUGCCAUGGGCCGAAGCCGGUCAGCAACCCUGGUCCUGGCUUACCUGAUGAUUCACAAGAACAUGACCUUGGUGGACGCCAUUCAACAAGUAGCUAAGAACCGUUGUGUCCUGCCCAACCGGGGCUUCCUGAAGCAGCUCCGGGAACUGGACAAGAGUCUGGCGAAGCAACGGCGUCAGUCUGGGCCAGGGGACAGUAAGCUGGGGCAGUAA